GUAUCUCUCACCUGCGGUGUCAAAGGGAAAAAAGAACAGGCAGAGAGAGAGAGAGAGAGAAGAGUUGCAGAGAUGGAGUGCGUGUUCGGAUUGGUCGGUGAUGGCUUUGCUCUGGUGGUGGCGGACUCGUCAGCCGUACACAGCAUCCUCGUUCACAAAUCCAACGAGGACAAGAUCAUGGUUCUUGAUUCUCACAAGCUCUUGGGCGCCAGCGGCGAAGGCGGCGACAGAGCUCAGUUUACGGAGUACAUACAGAAGAAUGUAGCGUUGUAUCAGUUCCGUAACGGGAUUCCGUUGACGACAGCUGCCGCGGCGAAUUUCACUCGAGGAGAGCUUGCUACUGCGUUGCGGAAGAACCCAUAUGCUGUCAACAUCUUACUGGCGGGAUACGACAAGGAUAUUGGCCCAUCUCUUUACUACAUUGACUACAUUGCCUCUCUUCACAAGAUAGAGAAGGGCGCCUUUGGUUAUGGAUCCUAUUUCUCUUUGGCAAUGAUGGACAGACACUAUCACAGUGGAAUGACUGUCGAAGAAGCUGUUGAUCUGGUUGACAAAUGCAUCAUGGAGAUCCGAUCCAGGCUGGUUGUGGCUCCUCCAAAUUUUGUGAUCAAGAUUGUUGACAAGGAUGGAGCAAGGGAAUAUGCCUGGCGUGAGUCCAUCAAGGAUACCACUGGUGCUCCUACAUCCUGAGACUUGGCAAGUUUAGCAAAGGACACCUUUUUCAUUUCCCUGUUUUUCUUUGACAUAUGGUGAACUUGAGAUUGUUUAUUGAACCAUCACUACUUUCCUUGAUACAUGUUGAUGUUUUAAAACUUUAUGGAAUCCAUGAUAUAUCAGAAGUGUAGCUGCAGCUCCAUCGAUUCGAUCGCAAUAGAGUUGCUUAUGCUUUCAGGAUAUCAAAGUAGAUAAUUGUGAUUUGGCAUCGUAGCA